AUGUUUCAUCUGAAGAAACAUAAAGGCAAAGAGAGACCCACAAGUUAUCGUUGUGAUCACUGCAAGAAAGUCCUCACCACUUCAUCAGGUCUGAGAAAACAUAAGAUGAUUCACACUGGAGAUAAACCGUUCACUUGUGAUCAGUGUGGAGCAGCUUUUACCCAAAAAAGUCAUCUAAGGACUCACCAACGUAUUCACACUGGAGAAAAACCGUUCAGAUGUGAUCAGUGUGGAGCAGCUUUUACCACAUCAAGUCAGCUAAGGACUCACCAACGUGUUCACACGGGAGAAAAACCAUUUAGGUGUGAUCAGUGUGGAGCAGCUUUUACCCAACAAGGUCAUCUAAGGACUCACCAACGUAUUCACACUGGAGAUAAACCGUUUAGGUGUGAUCAGUGUGGAGCAGCUUUUACUGAGUCAGGAAAGCUAAAGAUUCACCAGCGUACUCACACUGGAGAAAAACCAUUUAGGUGUGAUCAGUGUGGAGCAGCUUUUACCGCAUCAGGUGGUCUAAAGAUUCACCAACGUAUUCACACUGGAGAUAAACCGUUCAGAUGUGAUCAGUGUGGAGCAGCUUUUACCACAUCAAGUUAUCUAAUGAUUCACCAACGUAUUCACACUGGAGAUAAACCGUUUAGGUGUGAUCAGUGUGGAGCAGCUUUUACCACAUCAAGUGAUCUAAGGACUCACCAACGUAUUCACACUGGAGAUAAACCAUUCACUUGUGAUCAGUGUGGAGCAGCUUUUACCCAACGAGGUAGUCUAAGGACUCACCAACGUAUUCACACUGGAGAUAAACCGUUCAGAUGUGAACAGUGUGAGGCAGCUUUUACCACAUCAAGGGAUCUAAGGACUCACCAACGUAUUCACACUGGAGAUAAACCGUUUAGGUGUGAUCAGUGUGGAGCAGCUUUUACCACAUCAAGUCAUCUAAAGAGACACCAACGUGUUCACACUGGAGAAAAACCGUUCAGAUGUGAACAGUGUGGAGCAGCUUUUACUGAGUCAGGAAAGCUAAAGAGACACCAACGUAUUCACACUGGAGAUAAACCGUUCAGAUGUGACCAGUGUGAGGCAGCUUUUACCAGAUCAAGUCAGCUAAAGAAGCACCAACGUACUCACACGAGUGAUAAACUCUAAAGAU